AUGAGGAACUGGGGGUGUCGCUCGUGUGUCGCCUUGCUACUAGCUGCCCUCUGGGCCACCAGUAUUGAGGCGGCCGACUACAGGAGACACGAUGGGGUUCACCGGAUCGAGAAGAAGGCCCAGAUCACAGCGCCCGCUGUGUUGGAACGGCGAGAUAAGGAGCAGUGCGGCGCGGGCGAGAAGCUGUGCGCGUCCAGCCUCGAUGGUGGAUGCUGCCCGGAAGGUUACGACUGCGCGAAGGAAAGCUGCUUUGCGGUUACGAAAGGCCCUGUGACAUGCCAGGGAACGAGGGUUGGAUGGUACCAAUGCGAAGCCGUCUUCGGAGCGGGAUGCUGUCCGGACGGUUAUGUGUGCAGUACGGGCGGUAAUUGCUUCCCACCGGCGGGCGUAGCAUAUACGUACGGCUGCCCGGCGAGCCAGUAUCUCUGCCCAUCUUCACUGAGUUAUGGGUGCUGCAACAGCGGUAUGGCCUGUGGCGUUAAUCAGUGCUAUUCUACAAAACCCGUGACGAUCACGAAUACCAUCGUUAUUACCACCACCGAAGACGGCUCCGAAACGACUUACAAGACAACCGACAUUACCGUCUCAACCCCAACUAUGCCCACGGAGCUUCCUACAGUCCGCGACGGUAGCGACGAAAACCAGGCGGUACUCAAAUUCUUCCCCUCUGCUAUUCCCAAGAGCAGCCCAACAUUGACUGCGGACGACGAUGAUAAAGGCGGUGGCGGACUCCCAACAACAACACUCGUGGGCAUCGUGGCCGGUUCUAUUGGAUUUCUCAUUAUCGUACUGGUGGCGGCAUACAUCAUCAUCCGCCAUCUAAACAAGGUCGUCCGAGCUGUCAGCACCUCAAAGGUGUCUGAACCCUCCAAUCGCUCCACCGCACGACCACCUGUGAAGGAGUUCAAGUCGACGGACUCGCAAGUUGAUGAGUGGAGCGCCAACCCGUUGAUAGCCCCCCCUCCGAGACCAGCAAACCCCGGUCCGGAUUCCGGGACCCCUUCACCGUACAACCUUGCGAGCCCCGAUCCGAGCUCCAACAAUCCCACUCCUGGAGCGGAAGGUUACCACGCAGUAUCAGGCAGCGCGGGAAAUAGCAGACACACCAGCUUCGAUGCUAUGGGCAACCGGGAAGAUUACUUUAAUGCGGCAGCUGUUGGUCAACAAAGAUUCAGCCAAGUCUCGGCGUCAACAAGGAACCGCUCAAGUACUGAUACGCACGCUUACACCCACGUUCGACAGUGGAGCAACGCUUCUGAGAAUUCUGACGGGACUCCUGGAGUGAUGCCCAAUUCUCCUCCGAUGGAACUCGAGGCAAUACCUUGGAUACCGGAAUUACCAAGCUCGCCUUCAUCUGUCGUAUUUCCUCCUCUGGACGAGCGAAGACGAUCCUCUAGCAGCACUAUCAGCGCCCCAGCCCGGCCACCAGUAACUCAACGUCUAUCUGGCGGACAGCGAGUACGAAGUGAAUCACUCGGUCAGAGCAAUCUGAGUAUCGUAAACGAGGAGAUGCAUGGAUUCCACGGUCCGAACGAUCACUUUGUGGGCCAGACAGACACGCACCGGCCAGGGACAGGCGAGUCCGGUGGCCGAUCGCGAUCACACUCAAAUACUCAGCAACCGGAUACACAACAAUCUAGUACACAACAAUCGAAUACGCAACAACCAUAA